AUGGUGCUGCUUAGCGCUUCUCGAGUUAGUAAGUUUAAAUACCUUGGGCACGUCCUACUCCCCGACCUCAAAGAUAAUGGUGAUAUAGAGAGAGAACGAAGAGCGUUGUCGGUGAGAGCAAAUAUGCUGGCUCGUAGGUUUGUACGUUGUUCUCAUGACGUAAAAGUCACAUUAUUCAGAGCACAUUGCACUAACUUCUACACGUGCGGCCUAUGGGCCAGUUUUACUCGACAAACAUACAACUCGCUUCGGGUGCAGUAUAAUAACGCAUUUAGGGUGUUGCUGGGGCUGCCUCGCUUCUGCAGUGCAUCAAGAAUGUUUGCAGAGGCGCGGGUGGAUUGCUUUUUCGCCACUAUGCGAAAGUGUUGCGCUUCUUUGGUGCGCCGGGUGCGGGGCAGCUCCAGCAACGUCUUACGGAUGAUAGCCGAAAGAAUGGACAUCUCCGCAGGGCCCUGA